CGUGAUUUCAUUCUCUCAUCAACAACGAACCCAAAGCACAUCCCUUCAAAUUCCUAGUAUUUUCCCCCUCUUCUUCACAUUUUUGUAAGGAAAUGGGUCCAAAAUACAUUCAGGGAUUUGUAAUUGUGCUUUGUGCUUCCUUGUUGGGAGUUUGUGUGGCCAACUUAGAUUGGCAAUAUGGCUCCGAUCGCCCUAAUCACAGACACACUCCCAAUAACACGAUUAUUGUGGGCGGUUCCGCCCAUUGGACCUUCGGCUUCAACUACUUACAUUGGAUUACCAAGAAUGUUCCAUUCUUCGUAAAUGAUUCUCUAGUGUUCAAGUAUGAUCCGCCAAGCGAGAACAAUACACAUCCUCAUAAUGUCUACUUGCUACCAAACAAGAGGAGCUUUGUGACCUGUAACCUAACAGAGGCAGUGAAGAUUGCAAAUGAGACACAAGGAGCCGGGGAGGGGUUCGAGUUCGUAUUGAAGAAGUGGAAGAAGCCUUACUACUUUGCUUGUGGUGCCGGAAAUGGCUACCAUUGCAAUGUUGGCGGGAUGAAGUUCUUUGUGAAGCCAUUUCCUCGUCGUUGGCUUUAUUAGUUGAUUGCUCAUAGCAGUCCAGGGAAGACGCGUUGCUAUUUACUAUAAUCAAGUGUUUGUGGACAAUAAAGUUGUUAUAUCUUUGUUAAUUUGUGCUAAGCUUGUCUUCUGUAAUGCAUAGAUCUCAGCUAAAGAAAAUACAUUAUGUUACUAAGCUUCUCUGUUUUAAAUUUUUUUUUUUUUUAUUUUAGAAUGUUCUUUUUUUUAUUAAGGUCUUAAAAAUAGUUCUAAAUAUA